AAAAUGUUUCCUACAAAUCAUAAAACUAUUUUCGUACUCGAUCAUACGCCAUACUUUGGUAUAUCAUCGGAGAAUCCAAUAGACUUCGAUGUCUCUAAAAGCCGGGGCCCUGGCUAUGUCCCUUUACCGCCUGUUUGCAAGUCUCUAUGGACUUGCAGUGUGGAAGCUGCAGUUGAAUACUGCCGUAUAGUAUGGGAUUUAUUUCCUGAAGGCAAACUGGUCCGAUUUGUUGUCAGUGAUUCUGCAGCCCACAUCCUUAAUACUUGGGUUGCAUCACAACAGAACUUAACCCAUAUCCUUAAUGGCUUGUGCCUUGUUGGCGCGGUGCGGCGUGGUGCUGGAGGUGAUGUUGUGGGUCUCUGCGCCGCCAUUGAAGCCCUAAGUCAGCCAUCACCCACACAAUCUUCCAGGCCAAACUCGGAAGCACUUUUUCAAAACAGAGGUCGAAUAAUCUGCAUAACAAGUGCACGAGAUGAUGACUCUAUAAGGAGUCUGGCAGAAAUAGCAUUGAAUGCUCUCAUCCAGCAGAACAAGAAAGCAUCCAGUCAACCUAGUACAUCUGAGUCAACGAGCACUGCUCAGCCAGAGGUCUACCCUAUCCAAUAUUGCCAUUUAGUAAUAAUAAACGUUACUCCAGAGAAAGCCGAAAUCAGAGUGAAUAAUCAACCAUUAACAGAGAUGGGGAACGGACUGAUGGGCGUCGAAGUGAUAGUCUCCAGGGCAAGCGCGCUGGCAACACUGCUCGGCCGUUUGGUGUUGCCACAUUACAAGCUGGUCACCACCACUGUCACCGGGAUACCGAUGAAGGAAGAGCAAAACGCGAGCUCUAGCGCGAACUACGACGUAGAGAUUAUUCACUCGGCUGAGGCCCACGCCGGCCUCCGGGCGGCACAAACGGCAGCGGAGGCCACGGAAUCUGUGGUUCUGCGGUGGUGGACGCCGCGCGGCGCGGAGGGCGGCGCGGGGGGGUGUGGCGGGCCGCUGUGGCGCGUCACGCCCGCGGACGUGGCGUCCCGCCCCUCCGCCUGCCUCGUCAACUUCCUGCUCAACGGCCGCUCCGUCACGCUCGAGGUGCCCAGGAAGGGCGGCGGCAGGUCUGCGUCGCACGUGCUGGCGGCGCAGGGCGGCGAGCUGUGGAUCGGCGCGCUGGGCGGCCGCGCGCCCUACGACGAGCCGCCCGCGCUGUCCGAGGGCGCCGGCGGCCGCGUCACCGACUACAGGAUUAAAGAGUUCGGCGCGCUCAUGCAACAGAACCGGCUGUUCCCGCUGCGCGGCGCCGGCGCCAACGCGCGGGCCAAGGCGCGCCUGCAGCGCCACACCACCUACUGGCCGCUCACCAUCUCCUCCACGCUCGUCUUCAACCUGGGCUCCGUGAUGGAGCCCCUGACCCGGCUGGUGGUACAAGAGACACUGACGGAGGACGAGGUGGACACGUGCCGCGGCGUGCUGCUGGCUCUGCUGGGAAUGGAGUCGCGACACGAGUUCCCCAAUGCACAACUACCGUCAAACUUGAGGGGCAAGUCGAGCAGCCGCCGCGAGGAGCAGUGGCGGCAGGUGUGGAGCGAGCUGGAGGCGCUCGUGCGCGCGCACUCCGCCUCGCCCGCGCACCGCGCGCUGCUGCGCACGCUGCUCGAGUGCCGCGCGCACAACCACCAGGACAGUGACAACCGCGCAUCCGUAAUUCGAGCGACGACGGACUCGCCGCUGUCGCCGACGGGGGCGGGUGCGACGGCGGGUGGCGCCGCGGCGGGCGACGUGUGGGCGCCGCGCUCCGUGCUGGACGCGCUGCUGGGCGCGCCGCGGCCCUCGCGCCGCGCAGACUUCGCGGGCCGCAUGGCCGCUGGCGGCCGCGUCGCCGUGCUCUACCAGCACCUGCAGCAGGAUGUGGAGGCGCAGCAUUAG